GCGGCUUUCCGGCGCCGGACGCUGUGGGACCAAAGAGAGCGCCAGAAUAUCUGCAGCAAUGUCAGCUCGAAAAAGAGUUAACUCAGAGGCACAAAGGAGGACUUCUCAAGGUAGACUGUCAGACCAAAUAAAAGAGAAGCCAAGCUAUUCAGAGAGCAUCUUGAAACAUGGACAAAACAAUCCGGAGGAAGAUUCCGAACACGCAGAAGUACUGCAAAUAGCAUUGAGAUACUUUGAGAAAGGUCCCAUUAAAACUUUACAGAGUAAAGGUAAAACCAUGGAAGAACACUUGAAAACCGUGGAAAAUGUGGCUUGGAAGAAUGGUUUAGCUCCAGAAAAAAUUGACAUUCUAUUAAAUGUGGCACUUAGUGGCAAAUUUGGGAAUUCCAUAAACACUCGGAUAUUGAAGUGCUUGAUUCCAGCAACUGUCAUAUCAGGAGAUUCUGUGGUUAAGGCUGUCUCUUGGCUUUGUGUUGGCAAGUGUUCUGGUAGCACCAAGGUACUUUUCUUUCGUUGGCUAGUUGCAAUGUUUGACUUCGUUAAUGAAAAAGACCAAGUUAACUCGCUCUAUGGCUUCUUUUUUGCUUCAUUGCAAGAUGAUGCACUGUGCCCUUACGUCUGCCAUUUGUUAUAUUUACUUACCAAAAAAGAGAAUGUCAAACCAUUUCGUGUGAGAAAACUGCUUGAUCUUCAGACCAAGAUGGGCAUGCAGUCUCAUCUCCAAGCUUUGUUGUCUCUGUAUAAGUUCUUUGCUCCUACUUUGAUUUCUGUGUCUUUGCCUGUAAGGAAGAAGAUCUAUUUUAAGAAUUCAGAGAAUUUAUGGCAGAUGGCUCUGAUUGCUGUGAGGCAGAGAAACAUGGGACCUUCUCCAGUAUCUCUAAAGCUGAUACUAGGUUCAGCUAAAGUACGUCCUGUAAACAGAAAAAGGAAUUCUUACUCAGUUAUACCCUUGCCAAACUCCAGUAACUAUGUCAGAGAAUGUGGAAAGAAAGAGAUGAGUAUUUCUGAUUGCCUCAGUAACAAUGGAUCAUUUCCAGUAGAACAGCUUCAGAGCUUCCAUCAACUCUUAGAAAACAUCCAUUGCUUAGAGCUGCCUUGUCAGAUGGGUUCAGUGCUAAACAGUUCUCUGCUACUUCAUUAUAUUAACUGUGUCAGAAAUGAGUCAGUCUUGCUGAGAUUCUAUCACUGGUUGAGUCUAACAUUACAAGAAGAAUGUGUUUGGUACAAGGUGAAUAAUUCUGAAUUUGGAAAAGAAUUUACCAGCUUACUGGACUCUAUCAUCAGGGCACAGUGCUUUUUACAAGAGGGCUUUUAUGCCUGUGAAGCAUUCCUGUAUAAGAGCCUUCCUUUCUGGGAUGGCCUCUGUUGUCGGUCACAGUUCCUUCAGCUAGUGAGCUGGAUUCCUUUUAGUAACUUCUGUGAGUUGAAACCACUUCUUUUUGACCAUCUAGCACACCUCUUCUUUACAUCAACUAUUUAUUUCAAGUGUAGUGUUCUUCAGAGUCUAAAAGAGUUACUGCAGAAUUGGCUGUUGUGCCUUUCUACGGACAUCCACAUGAAACCUGUGCUGAACAGUCCUCUAGAGACAACUUUAGGUGGAUCCAUGAACUCUGUGUCUAAACUGAUUCACUACGUAGGCUGGCUGUCCACUAAUGCAGUGCGCUUAGAGAGCAAUAGUACUUUCUUGCUGCACUUUAUUUUGGAUUUCUAUGAGAAGGUAUGUGACAUAUAUAUAAAUCAUAACCUUCCAUUAGUGGUGUUGCUUCCUCCUGGAGUCUUCUAUCCUGCACUCUUCAGCCUGGAUUCCAGUAUUCUGAACCAGCUCUGUUACAUAAUGCACAGGUAUCGUAAAAAUUUGACUGCUGCAAAGAAAAAUUACUUGAUACAGAAGCAGGGAAAGUCCCAAUUCAAUUUCAGCAACAAGACCUAUCAAGAAUUUAAUCACUAUUUGACAUCCAUGUUUGGUUGCCUGUGGCUAUCCAAACCCCACCAGAAAAGUUUCUACCAUGGAAUUAUAGAUAUUGACCCCCAAAUUCUAGAAGAAGCUGGAAUAGCAGAGUACAAAAACAGCUUAAGUUUAAUGCAGCAUCCUGCUCUAUUCAGUUAUGCUGUUGCCUUUCUGCUACAGGUACAGCCAGAGGCAAGGAUCAUAAAACUGAGCUUUAUUCAGGGAAAGAAAUGGAGCUGGUAUUUGGACUAUUUAUUUUCACAGGGAUUACAAGGCCUGAAACUUUUCAUAAGAAGUAAUAUUCAUCAUUCUUCUACCCCCUGAUGAAACAACAUAAACCACAAUGAUGAGCAUUAAAUACUGACAUAAACAAACUGAGCACACUAGACUAAAUUCCUUGUUGCUAUAGUGGCCAAAUGGCUCAACUUGAGUUUCCAUAUUUGCUUUGCCAACAGACAGCCACCUUUUUGGACUUGCCCUUCCAUCCAUGGCCCAGGAAUGCCUUGGUGUGGCUAACUUUAUUUUUCAGAAUUUAGAUUUCUUUGCCCACUAAUGAAAAAUCACCUCUUCAUCAUCAGGCUCUGUCUUCAACCAAAUUAUGCAUUAGGAGCCACAUCUGUUAUAUGGUAGGAUUUUUCUUAUUUUUGUACUAUAAGCUGCACAGAUGAAGAGAACAGGUAAUACACAGUGGCAAUUAAUCCAUAGACAGACACAUGCAAAGUACUGUGCUAAAUUGGUGAAACAUUUGUUGUAUUGUCAUUUUUCUUACUGUGAACGACAGUACCAGCAGUAAGUCAACAUAUAUAACUCUAAAAGCUGGCUCUAAGUAUAUAAUAGCUGUCUGGGCCUUUACUGGUAGCAGUUUGAUGACAGGAGGAAGGGAAGAGGAUUGUGGGGCAAUCAAGACAUUCCUGUUUUUACUGGUUUGAUUUUAUGAAACUGCUGUAUUUUUUUUCUGUGUAUUCAUUUGUAUAUAUAUAUGUCCAGUUUUUAAAUGUUCAGGCCCAAAUAAACUUAACUACAACUUUACUUUCAAGGGUAAUUCUGAAGCUUUCCUUUUAUUUCAAAAUAGCUAGACUAUCUUGUUGAAAAUUUACUAUAAAAUUUUGCUUCAGUGCUACUGAAUAACUCUUCCUCUUUAUAAUAAAAUUCAUAUCAUUUAGAGAAGCCAAGUUGAAUUUGUUUUUGUCUUACGGCCACAUUGUUGUGGUUCCUUUCUUUUUUUUGCAAAACUAUAUUAUGGGGCAGUGUUCAGACUGUAAAUCUUCUUCAUUCAUUCAAUAAAUAGAUAUUUAUCGAACUACUUAA